UGCAGAGUUGGGGGGUCACUGGAGAAACCGUAGGAGAGUGUGUGGGCUGUAAAGGGGCCCCAGAGGGGCAUCACGUAGGGAAUCUAGGUGUUCGGAGAUUGCACACAGAGCCUGAAGAUGCGAGAACAGCUGAGGUCGUAAAGAGUGGGGAGGCGUAGCUUCCAUGUCGGUAGGGAUCUGGGCCCCGGUUCUGGAGCGUGAGGGAGGAUCGGGGAGAGGGCCCCCAAAGAAAAACCCACCCAGCCAGCACUGCGGCAAGCCCGCCAGGGACCCACGGAUGAGGCCCAGAUGGCGGCCGCGGCAGCCCUGGCCCGGCUUGAACAGAAGCAGCCCAGGGCCCGGGGCCCCACGUCGCAGGAGUCCAUCCGCAACCAGGUGAGAAAGGAACUUCGAGCUGAAGCGACUGUCGGCGGGAGCACCGAGGCCCCCGGGAGCAACACGGUCCCCGAGGCCAAAGAGGAGGGCUCAGCCCAUCUGGCAGUGCCCGGCGUGUGCUUCACAUGCCCGCUCACCGGGGCCACGCUCCGGAAGGACCAGCGGGAUGCCCACAUCAAGGAGGCCAUUCUCUCGCACUUCUCCACGGACCCCGUGGCCGCCUCCAUCAUGAAGAUCCACACGUUCAACAAAGACCGGGACCGGGUGAAGCUGGGUGUGGACACCAUUGCCAAGUACCUGGACAACAUCUGCCUGCACCCCGAGGAGGAGAAGUACAGGAAGAUCAAGCUGCAGAACCGAGUGUUCCAGGAGCGCAUUAACUGCCUGGAAGGGACCCAUGAGUUUUUUGAGGCCAUUGGUUUCCAGAAGGCACUGCUUCCAGUUCCUGAUCAGGAGGGCCCCGAGGAGUUCUACGUGCUGAGUGAGGGCGUCCUGGCCCAGCCCCAGAGCCUGCAGAGGCACAAGGAGCAGCUUCUGGUCGCUGAGCCCGUGCGGGCUACCCUGGCCCGCCAGCGCCGGCUCUUCCGGCCCUCGCCCAUGGCUUCCCAGUUCGAGCUGCCCGGGGACUUCUUCAACCUCACGGCGGAGGAGAUCAAGCGGGAGCAGAGGCUCAGGUCCGAGGCGGUGGAGCGGCUGAGCGUGCUGCGGACCAAGGCCAUGCGGGAGCGGGAGGAGCAGCGCGAGCUGCGCAAGUACAGCUACACGCUGCUGCGCGUGCGCCUCCCCGACGGCUGCCUGCUGCAGGGGACCUUCUACGCCCGGGAGCGUGUGGCCGCGCUGUACGCGUUCGUGCGGGAGGCCUUGCAGAACGAUUGGCUGCCUUUCGACCUGCUGGCCUCGGGCGGGCAGAGGUUGUCGGAGGACGAGAGCCUGGCCUUCAACGAGUGCGGGCUGGUGCCCUCGGCCCUCCUGACCUUCUCGUGGGACGCAGCCGUGCUCGAAGACAUCAAGGCCGCAGGGGCCAAUCCGGACUCAUCUAUUCUGAAACCUGAGCUCCUGGCAGCCAUCGAGAAGCUCUCGUGAAAUAAAAGCAGGGUUGGCUUCAGCCUACGUGGGUUGUCUCAUACUCUCCUGCUUCCUCCACCACUAGCCCCCCUCCCCCCAGUCUCCCUCCUCCCAGGGUCCCCCACUCCCCCCGAAGUGCCUGCCCUGACCCAGAGAGCUCUGCAGGCACAGGGAGGAGCGCUGGUGGGCUGUGACCCACCCAGGGUGGCCUGGGACAGCCACCCGGAGAGGGCUCUUGGGAGGCAGCCGCUGUACCUGUUCACAGGGCCCCUGGGCAGGAGAGUAGGCCUGCGGCACGGGCCCAGUCCCCAUGUGCUGUGCCCAGAUGGCCACGGCUGGCCCUGAUACUGAGCCACAGGGUUGCUGGGGACAGUGGCAGAGAGAUGCAGGGCCUGCCAGGACACGGUUCUGUGGUUGCUGAAUUAUGAACCCGAAUAAAUGACAUCACACUUG